CCCGUGACCCAUCCCACCACCAGUGCCACCGGUAGAGUACAGUGCCACGAUCACUUUCGAGGUCUGUGUCUUCGGGCAGAGCGCCUUUCUCUGAAGCUGAGCAUUCUAAAACGCUUACCCUACUUCUUUUUUUGCUAUAAUUAGGCCCUUCAAUCAAGGCUUUGCAUCGUGUCAGAAUUGCUUUACGACAAGUGACACGUGUUAUAAUGAACGUCCUAUCUCUGUUUCAUUAAUGAUGGAUGAACCAUCCACUUCCCGGGAAGUGCUACAUGAACGUCAACUUGCCUAGCCUCUGUUCUACAUCAUCAGGCUCAAUAUAAACAGCGUAGUAGGUAGGCCAACAGGCUCUGUAAUGUUGAGAUGUACAUGUAUCUUCGGGGUUUAAUUAGGCCGAUUAUCAUGUAAUGGCUAAGUGCAGUAUCGACAUCUUGCUCGCAUAAUAUAGCUAUUUGCUAUUAUUUUGCUCUAUAUGCUGUCAUGAGGUCUACUUUAAGCAUCAAAUUAACAAUGUUGAUUUACUGUAUAGAUAAGCAACACCUCUGGCGCAGUGUGAGCGAGUGUAAUUGAUGUCUCUUCCUUCCUCCAUUGCUGAAUGUAUACACAGAUAGUCGACACUCUGACGUUGGUCUGUUUGGAUUGUGAAGACACAAACAAAGGACGUAUAGUCCUCACGGUACGUUCUUGCACAAAGAAGGUCUGGCUUCAACAACCGUGGAUUGAGUUGGAAAUGGUGAUCACAAAAUUAUUAUCCCUUGAACUGAUAAGUUGGCAUUGAAUCUUUAAUAUGGUUCGAGAAAUCGCCAAGAACUUCAGGGUUUUCGUCCUCGGAAUGUUUGUUUUUUUAUCGACAGCGUGUUUUGUUUUGCUCGCCAGAAAUGCUGCAUCGAUGGAUGGUUCUGCUGUUAUGAAUCAGCAACAAGAACACCGUGCGAGUCAUGUUAUGCCUACUACAGUCUACAUGGCGGUAUCGCCCCCGGAGGUUGGUGGCGGUGGUGAGGAAGGGGAGAUCAAGGUGACGGAAAAUCCUCACACCGGUUUUCAGAAGUCUGAACAACCCCGGCUUUGUACUUCUAUUCCAAAACCCAGGACUACCGAAGAUACUCCAAGCGGUGUGAAGAUUAUAAUCUUAGCAGCAAUGAGAACUGGAUCUUCCUUCGUUGGUGAGAUGUUCGGCCAAAAUAGUGACAUUUUCUACCUAUUUGAACCCGGCCUCCCUCUUCAUAACACUCUUCAUCAACGAGGUGCUGUAUUCUUGCAGCCGCUUUUCAUUGAUUUGUUGGACAGCAUUUAUCAAUGUAACUUGACUGGUUAUGAAUAUUAUUUUAAGUGGUUAUCGGGGCAGGUUCCGGAAGCGUUGUUAAAGAAAGCCCCGAGUGUGUACAAAGAGCUUUGCUCCAAGAAGUCAAGUAAUUCGUCUGAAUUUGAGUGUGGGAAAAUGACACCUCAGCAUUUCAUGCGCAUAUGUAUGAAUUUGAACAAAGUUGCGAUCAAAUCAAUUCGUAUCUCUGAUAUUGGAAGUCUGUUACCGUUGAUCAAAGACAAGACGGUCAAUCUGAAAGUGAUUCAUCUCGUUCGUGAUCCGAGAGGGAUGAUCGCUUCUCGUGUGCUUGCCAUGAACGAUAUAAAAAAAACGGCAGACAAAGUAGAAACAUUUACGGACGAUACUAGGGCAUCACUUAUCGACUACUGUUGGAACAAUUUGCACAACACGGACGUGGGGAAGAACCUGCCCAAAUUCCAAGACAACUAUUUACUCCUGAGGUACGAGGAUGUCUCUUUGGAUCCACACGAAGCGGCUCGACGCAUCUAUAAUUUCACUGGUCUUGGUGCUGUUCCUGGGAACGUGUCCAGGUGGAUUCAAGAACACACGAGUGCUCACGUAGCCGGUACUUACUCAACCUCACGAGUGUCAAGUCAAGUCUACCAAUCUUGGCGCGGCAGACUCAGUUUCCCAACUGUUAAAACCAUUGAGGAAGUUGGAACCUGUUCUCAAAUGAUGCAAAGAUUUGGCUAUCUCCCAGCUAAAGAUCAAGAACAUCUGACUAAUCUAAACAUCUCCCUUUUAUCUGACAAAGUGCCGGAUGUCAAUCGGGAGAUGUACGUUAUAUGACAAACUUUAUGUAGCUUACAAUCCAUACUGACUGAUAGUGUUGUGUUUAGUUCAGGCAUAGGGCAAGGACUAUAGUUCCUUCCUGUUUCGUUUAGGCUCCACUAAAUUUUAUUUAGAAAUAAUCAUGAAAUUCAUUCAAAAUUAUCAUUGGGGUCACAGGUGAUGUCAUGACAGAAGACUAAUCUUCAAAAUUUCAAGGCUCUUUCUUCGUCGCAUUUUAAUGUCAGUAGUCUGGUAUUAUUGUUUGCGAAAGAAGUAUGUUGGAAGGGGAAAGUCGGAGUUAGUAUUAUUAUGACUAAGUAGUUUGGGUUUGUCGAUCAGAGCUAAGCAAGAUUGGGUUAUAUAAAUCUAAUAACCCCCGGGAGGGACUGACGGUUAUGGACUGAGGUGAAAAGAUCAAUGUUGGGGCAUCUUGCCUUCAAAAUCUCUCCAAAUGUUGCUUUUUGGAAUUGCUCCUUGUUUUUGUUGUUGUCAAAGAGCUGUUCGUGCCAAAAAAAAAAUGGAGGAGUGAUUUAUCAUCAACAACAAACUGUCUCAUGAAAUACACCCAGUAACACUUUGUUUCUACAAAAGAGCGGACCACGCUCUGUCAUGAAACUACAUAAAACAAACAUAAUCAUGGGAUAUUAUCAUUUUUAUUGUUUUUAAAAUAUAUUUCCAAUUAUAUUUAAUUUAAACAACAAAAAGUUGUAAUAGCCCAAAGCGCCCAAUCUCAAGGCAUUGGAAAUCACCAUAGGCAAGGACUUGUUCUCCGGUCACAGAAUCCUGAAGUUGCUGGAAGGAAUAAUUAAAGGCACUGAACACUAUUGGCAAUUACUCAAAAUAAUUGUUGGCAUAUAAACUUACUUGCGUAUUAACGAACAAUAGACAAGCUGUUGAUGAAACAUAUUGUGAGAAACAGCUCCCUGAAGUAGCGCAGUUUUUGAGAAAGAAGUAAUUUCUCACUACAAUAAAA